ACUGCGCAUGCGCCCGAGGAGCGCCGCGCAUGCGCCGUGCCGCGCGCCGGCCUCAUGCGCUUGUGCGCCCCGCCGGCACGGCGUGCGUGUGCGCUCCUCCCUGCGGGAACCCGCGCGCGGGAACGGGCAGAUGAAGUACAUCCUGGUGACGGGCGGGGUGAUCUCGGGCAUCGGCAAAGGGAUCAUCGCCAGCAGCAUCGGCACCAUCCUCAAAUCCAGCGGGCUGCGCGUCACCUCCAUUAAGAUCGACCCCUACAUCAACAUCGACGCCGGAACCUUCUCCCCCUACGAGCACGGAGAGGUGUUUGUGUUGGAUGAUGGCGGGGAGGUGGACCUGGACCUCGGAAACUACGAGCGCUUCCUCGACAUCCGCCUCACCAAAGACAACAAUCUGACGACGGGGAAGAUCUACCAGUAUGUCAUCAACAAGGAGAGGAAGGGAGACUACCUCGGCAAAACCGUCCAAGUGGUCCCCCACAUCACGGAUGCCAUACAGGAGUGGGUGAUGAGACAGGCACGCAUUCCUGUGGAUGAAGAUGGUGUGGAACCCCAAGUUUGUGUGAUUGAGCUGGGUGGUACGGUGGGUGAUAUUGAGAGCAUGCCCUUCAUCGAGGCCUUCCGCCAGUUCCAGUUCAAAGCCAGGAGGGAGAACUUCUGUAACAUUCAUGUCAGCCUCGUUCCACAGCCGAGCUCCACGGGAGAGCAGAAGACAAAACCCACCCAAAACAGCGUCCGGGAGCUCAGAGGUCUCGGUCUCUCCCCGGAUCUGAUCGUUUGCAGGUGCUCCACUCCCCUGGAUACCUCCGUGAAAGAAAAGAUUUCCAUGUUCUGUCAUGUUGAACCAGAACAGGUCAUCUGCGUUCACGAUGUCUCUUCCAUCUACCGGGUUCCUCUGUUGCUGGAGGAGCAGGGGGUUGUGGACUACUUCAGGCGCAGGCUGGACCUCCCCAUCGGCAGGCAGCCCCGCAGGAUGCUCAUGAAGUGGAAGGAGAUGGCUGACAGGUACGACCGUCUCCUUGAGACGUGCUCCAUUGCACUUGUUGGCAAGUACACCAAGUUUUCAGACUCCUACGCCUCCGUCAUUAAAGCACUGGAACAUUCUGCACUGGCUAUCAACCAUAAACUCGACAUCAAGUACAUCGACUCUGCUGACUUGGAGCCUGCCACCCUGCAGGAGGAACCUGUCCGAUACCACGAGGCAUGGCAGAAGCUGUGUGGUGCUCAUGGCGUGCUGGUUCCUGGUGGAUUUGGUGUUCGGGGCACAGAAGGCAAAAUCCAAGCUAUUUCCUGGGCAAGAAAACAGAAGAAACCCUUCUUAGGAGUCUGCUUGGGAAUGCAGUUAGCAGUUGUGGAGUUCGCACGCAGUGUUCUUGGUUGGUCAGAUGCGAACUCAACAGAAUUUGACCCCAACACCACUCAUCCAGUGGUGAUCGACAUGCCAGAACACAACCCUGGGCAGAUGGGUGGAACCAUGAGGCUUGGCAAGAGAAGAACGCUCUUCCAAACGAAGAACUCAGUCAUGAGGAAGCUGUAUGGAGAUCACGAUUUCUUGGAAGAGAGGCACAGACACAGAUUUGAGGUCAAUCCAGAGCUGAAGAAAUCUUUUGAAGAGCAAGGCUUGAAGUUUGUUGGCCAGGAUGAGGAAGGAGAGCGGAUGGAAAUAGUUGAGUUAGAAGACCAUCCAUUCUUUGUGGGUGUUCAGUACCACCCUGAAUUCCUCUCCAGACCCAUCAAGCCAUCCCCGCCGUACUUCGGGCUGCUGCUGGCAUCUGCAGGAAGGCUCGCACAUUACCUGCAGAAGGGCUGCAGGCUGUCACCCAGGGACACAUACAGCGACAGGAGCGGCAGCAGCUCGCCUGACUCGGAGAUAACAGAGCUCAAGUUUCCAUCCUUCAAUCACGACUGAUGCUCGCUGCGUCGUGGCUGAAGAAGAGCCCCCGUUUGGUUUUCUGGGCCCUCUCCCAGCAAUAUGUGACCGCUCUCCGCUUCUGCCUUCCCUAAGUUAUGGUUUAUACACUUUUGUUACCGCA